CCUCCCUGCCCGGAGACGGCUGUCCACACAGCCCAGAUGGACGCUCCAGUGGUCAGGCCAGGCAGGUGGCCUCUGCAGGCGCCUUGGGGCGGCCGGACAGGGGGAGGAUCCACCUCUGGCCUGAGGAGACAGCAAUGGGGGCCAGGGCCAAGCCCGGGCCCGGGCAGGAUCAGACCCCAGCACAAGGGAGGUACACGCGGCCCCCGCCACUCAGAAGAGCAGCUGCCACUGGCGUCCAGGGGAUGACAGAGCUCCCCUCUGCAGGCCACCCGGAGGAGAAGGCCGUUGCACCUGAAGACGUGGGCCAUGUGUGACUCUAGGGAGCUGCUCCUGCUGUGGUUUCUGGUGCUGGCAGUGGGUGGUACUGAGCACGUCUUCCGGCCUGGCCGCAGGGUGUGUGCCAUCGGGGCUCCCAGGGGCCCUGAGUCUGAGUCUUUUGUGCAGCGAGUGUACCAGCCCUUCCUCACCACCUGUGAUGGUCACCGGGCCUGCAGCACUUACCGGACCAUCUACAGGACAGCCUACCGCCACAGCCCUGGGCCGGCCUCCCCCCGGCCUCGCUAUGCCUGCUGCCCUGGCUGGAAGAGGACCAGCGGGCACCCCACGGCCUGUGGAGCAGCAAUAUGCCAGCCACCGUGCCAGAAUGGGGGGAGCUGUGUCCAGCCAGGCCGCUGUCACUGCCCUGCAGGAUGGCAGGGCAACACCUGCCAGACAGACGUCGACGAGUGCAGUGCUGGAGGGAGCAGCUGUCCCCAGUGCUGCGUCAACACCGCCGGGAGUUACUGGUGUCAGUGUCGGGAGGGGCACAACCCAUCCACAGAUGGUGUGCUCUGCCUGCCCGAGAGGGGGACCCCAAGGGUAGCCCCGAACCCCACAGCAGGUGUGGACACUGCAAUAGAGGAGGAAGUGCAGAGGCUGCGGUCAAGGGUGGAUGUGCUAGAACAGAAGCUGCAGUUGGUCCUGGCCCCGCUGCACAGCAUGGCCUCUAGGGCCCUGGAGCACGGGCUCCCAGACCCCAGCAGCCUCCUGACCCACUCCUUCCAGCAGCUGGACCGCAUCGACUCCUUGAGUGAGCAGAUCUCCUUCCUGGAGGAGCAGCUGGGGUCCUGUUCCUGCAAGAAGCAGCCAUGACAGGCCUGGCCGGGGUCCCCGCUCUGGCUCCUGAGAGCCUGUGCCCGCUGUGCUGGGUCAGGCAGGAGGGGGACGGCCUGCCAAGACAGGGUGGGAGGAGGGGCCCCACCAGGCCGGCACCCCUGCACCCCGACCGGUGGGUGGACCCGUUGCUGAGGGAUGGUACGAGGGUCUCGCUUGCUGGGGUGCAUGUCGGGGGCACCUCUGAUCUGCGUCAGAAUAAAAUGAAUGUUCAGGA